AAUGUUUCGGUUCACUCGGGCGUGAGCGCGCGCAGUGAAACCUACACGGCACGCGAAACUGCCAACAAAACCAAACGCAGACUUGUCACUUUGAUUUCGCUCCCAUUUCCCCAACCCUGUCUUUGUCCUCCCAAAACUCCCCCAAACUCAAUUCAAAACCUUCCCUUCUUCCAAAUUCCAAAUCCAAUUCAUUCCUAGCAGAACACAAAGAAAAAACGAUCAUGACAGGUCAAAACGGCACGUCGCCCAAACAUCCAGAGCACGCAGGAUCCCCGCCACCGCCAGUGGUGCCCACGGCUCCACCGGCUGCUGAUGUGGAGAACCAGACUCCGGGCCAUGCUCAGACUACGGGCACGGGGUUCGGAGUGGCGGGGAUCCUGCGGCGAUGGAAGAGAGAGGACUUGGUGAGAAGAGGCUCUCUGGCUCUGAGGGGACUGUCUCUGGUCUUCUCUCUGCUGGCCUUCAUCAUCAUGGCCAGCAACAAGCACGGCGAUUGGAAAGACUUCGAUAAAUAUGAAGAAUACAGGUAUGUCCUGGCAAUAGCGAUUCUGUCGACGCUGUACACCGGUGUGCAAGCAGCGCGACAUGUCCACCAACUCUCCACCGGCAGAGAAUUGUUUCAGCGCCGGACGUCGGCCUUAGCCGACUUCAUCGGCGAUCAGAUUAUGGCAUAUCUAUUGAUAUCAUCAUCGUCGUCGGCAAUUCCGUUGACAAACAGAAUGAGAGAAGCGCAAGACAACAUAUUUACAGACUCUUCAGCAUCCGCGAUUAGCAUGGCCUUCCUCGCUUUCGUUACUCUUGCCUUAUCGGCUCUCAUUUCCGGUUACAAACUGUCAUCCCAGUCUUACAUCUGAUAGAUUGAUAUCAAGGGCAAUAAUUCUUCCAUGUUGCAGGAUUUUGUUUUCAUUUAUUUAUUUAUUUUUGUGUGUGAUAUAGUUUCAUUUAUCAGCUAGCUGCGGAAAUGUCC